CAUAUUAUACCAAAAGAUCUCGAUUAUUAUAAUACAAAAGUUCUACUUAACGCGGAGAGAGAAGCUGUCUCCGUGCCUCUCCAAGACGUAUCCAUGAUGGAGUCAGGGAACGAACCCCAAGAACCAUAAGAAAGAGAGAGAGGGAGCCUUGUUUGAUUUGUAAAUCCUAGACAGGUGGUCAAGAUCAUGAUACCGGGUUUAAUCUUCCUCCACCGCCUCGUUCUUGGGGUUCUCUCUCGGUGGUUCUGAAGGGAAGGAACCAAUUUACCAAAAAAAAAAAGGGGAAGGAACCAAAGCUUUAAAGGCUUGCUUUGGAGUUUGAGCACUGGAUGGAGGAGGAUGAGAUCCCCAUAGAACUUCUCAUCAUUUCUCCCUUGGUUUCUGGGUUGGCCUUCUUUUAGGCUCUUCAUGUGAUGGAGAUGAGCAGCUGGCUCGGCUUCUCUCUGUCCUCUAAAGGGGAGAGCUCCUGCUACUGCGGUGAGGUGUUUGGAGGUGGGGCAGAUGGUGGUGGUGAUGGGGGGGAGGGGGGCUGUGGUCAUCAUCCCUUGGCUGGUAUGCCCCUGCGUUCUGAUGGCUCCAUCUGCUUCAUGGGGCCACCCUUCAGGCCGCCUCCUAUUGUUUCUCAUGGUGCCUCAGAUUGGAGAUAUGGGGGUGCCAUGGCCGCCACAUCGGCCAUCUCAAACCAGGAAGGGAAAGGGCCAAAGCUGGAGGAUUUUUUGGGUGGGUAUUCUGAGAACGCCAAUGAAGAGAACCAAAGCCAGCAUCCUGUAUCCGACUUCCAUGGCAUGUACUACCAAAGCUCUGGUGGUCCUGGAAUCAAUGUCAACUUGCCCCCCUCUCUCAGUCCUGUCGAAAGAGGAACAAAGGAGGACGUCCGCAACUCUUAUCAUUUCUUCCAAGCUUGCCAGCAGCCUAAGCAUUCUUUCCAAGAAAACCCCACCCUCAAGCCUCAAUUCCUUGUACCCAACGCGGAUCCCAACCCCAACCCCGGUCCUUAUUCUAUGUAUAAUGGUGGCAUGGAUGGCUCAACUUCUAUAUCGGGGAUUAAAUCGUGGCUCCGACAAAACCAAUAUGUUCCAGGGAAACAAUUAUGCGAGCCGACCGAGUGCAACUUCCAAUCCUUGACCCUUUCAAUGAGCCCUGUCAUGCAAUCUGCGUCUAGUGAAAUGGUUCCGGUCGGUUCAUCCGCUGCUGCUGUUGCUGCUGCUAAUGGACCGAAGUUUCCAAAUGCGAAGUCCACAACUCGGGAGCCAAUUCCACGCAAGUCCAUCGAGACCUUUGGGCAAAGAACAUCUCAGUAUAGGGGAGUAACAAGGCAUAGAUGGACUGGAAGAUAUGAAGCCCAUCUGUGGGACAAUAGUUGUAGAAAAGAAGGUCAGACAAGAAAGGGAAGGCAAGUUUAUUUAGGGGGAUAUGAUAAAGAGGAGAAAGCAGCAAGGGCAUAUGAUUUGGCUGCUUUGAAGUACUGGGGUCCAACAACUCAUAUAAAUUUUCCUCUGAGCGCUUACGAGAAAGAACUAGAAGAGAUGAAGCACAUGACUAGACAAGAGUUUGUGGCUCACUUAAGAAGGAAAAGUAGUGGAUUUUCCAGAGGGGCAUCUGUGUACCGGGGGGUGACGAGGCACCACCAACAUGGAAGAUGGCAAGCUAGAAUAGGGAGGGUAGCGGGGAACAAAGACUUGUAUCUUGGAACGUUCAGCACUCAGGAGGAAGCUGCUGAAGCCUAUGAUAUCGCUGCGAUCAAAUUCCGCGGCGUGAAUGCAGUGACCAACUUCGACAUCAGCAAGUACGACGUGAAGCGCAUAUGCUCCAGCUCCCACCUCAUCACUGGUGAUCUCGCCAAGCGCUCCCCUGGGGACACCCCAUCGCCUUCAGAGCCCAUGGAACCUGACCGUCCAACACUGGCCGUCACAAACCCUUCCUCCCGGGACAUGGAUGAAUCGUCCCCCAUGAUGUGGAGCUCUCAUAAUAGAUCCGAUCCUCCUCCAAACCAACCGCCGAACACUGCAGUCCCCUUGGUCUCACCCUUCUUGAGCAACCCAAACGCUUUGGAUAACGAGGCUGAGAGCCCGGGGAACUCUUGCACCAACCAGGCUGCGUCUGGGGACUUAUCUCAGGCAUUCUACUUCCCUCACGGAAUGAAGUAUGAGGGUGGGGAGCCUGUUAAUGGUGGUGGCGAGGCAGGGGGCAACAUUGGUUGGAUGGUUGCAGCAGCGGCUCGGACGGCCGGGCUGCCGGUGGCUCAUCAGCUUCCUGUGUUUGCUCUGUGGAACGAAUGACCGACCGAAGUUGGGUAUCUGCUGUUUUCUGUUCUGAUUAGGCCUUUUCUUAAUCUUCGUAGAUCAUAAAUUAGACCAUUAAAGUGUACCUCGCUGGUUGUUUUCAACAGUUCUUUACAAUUUUGCAGCAACAUGUAAUGGUUAUGGUAGAGCAUAGUUGUUACGUUGAUGUGUCCUUUAUAACUGUAGAUGUUCGAUUGGUUUCUCUUUGUUUU